AUGUCCGACGACGCGGCCCCCGAGGGUCAGAGGCCUCUAACUUCGUCCAACUGCAACACCGCCGGUAGCACGGUCCCGUUUGUCCCGGCCACCACGACGGAUGAUGUUACGGUCACUGAUGUUCCUGUUACUUCAUCUACUACUGACAGCACCACGGCGACCAAUGAUGUUUCUGCUCCACCAAUUGCAGCUGGAAAUUCCACGGGCACCGGCGCUGUGUUCACUCCGGCCACCACAACAGACAACACCACAGCCACCGCCAUCGUCUCUACUCCAGCUACCACAAUAGACGAUACAACGAGCACCGGCGUUAGUAUCGCCCACUCCCCCAGUAUCACAAGCCGUAAUCGUACCAUCAUCUUACACACCUCCAACCCCAACAAUUCCAACGAUCCCACCCAAAUCCCACCCAUAGAGCUCAAAACCCACUUCGCCAUCAAAGACGCCCUAUUUGAGAUCCUGACCCCAAACCAGUACCACAGCGUUUUCAUGGCCUGGAACACCCAAAAAAGAGAAGUGCAUAGUGGUGUGCGGGACCCGCGGACCACGGAUGGGAAUCCGUUUUGGUUGGCGUACCGAAUGGGCUACUUGGACCACAGUGGUGUUAAAAAGGGUUAUGAUUUGGUGAAGAAGUAUGAGAUGAGGGCCUCCAGUUCGACGUCGACGGCUCCUGGGGUUGGUAGUGGUGGUGCUGCUAGUGGGAUUGGAGCGCCUGGUCCGUCGUCGCCUAGGUAUGCUGGCCCUUCUUCGUCUACGACCACCGGUUCCAGUUCCAAUGCCAUCGUUAGCCCAUCUCUAUCCACGUUUUCUGGCCCACCUUCAACUACAUUCUAUGGCCCAUUUCUGUCCGGCUUCGGUGGCGCAUCUUCGUCUGCUGCCUCAGGUCGUUCAUCCUCUGGAUUCGCAGGCUCAUCUUCAUCUACCAGCGGCAGCCAGUCCUCGUCUAGAUUUGCUGGGCCCUCUUCUUCUACAUUCACUAGUCAUUCACUCCCUUCUUCUAUCCUCCCAUCGUCCUCCGCACACAGCCGCCUAGCCACAUCCACCUCCGACCUCAGACGUCCCUAUACCUCUACCGAUCUUGCUCCCAUGUCAAUCGGCAGUCGUUCGGUCCCUACUCCCCCUGGUCAACCAAAUUUUGCUUUCUCCGGCCGUUCAGCCUCUGCUUUCCCCCUCCCACCCACCUCUCGUUUCAACCUCCCGAGCAUUUCCACAAUCAUGGGUGGAAGACUCGCCCCAAAUACUACCAACACUACUAGUAAAAUGCCCAUGGGUCCUCCAGCUCUCCCUCGCGUUGCCGGUAUUUCAGGGCUUCACGCUGUUCCCCCAAAAGGACUGUUCCCCUCCGUCGCACCGUCUUACAUUCUCAAGAGUCAGAAUAAACGUGAAGCACCACAGCCAAAGUCUCGUUCCAAGAGAAGUAAGAAGGGUAAGGAGAAAGCAACAGAAGAGAGUGAGAAGAUAAUUGAAGGCAGUUCUACGUCACCCGUAGCUAAUCAGUACGGUUUCACGACGAACAGGCAAACCAACAUUAAGGGCAAGGAAAAGGCAACAGACAGUAAUGAGAGCAUGGAGAUGGGUGCUUUUCUGCACAACGACGAUGACGGAAGCAUGAACACUAAAAGAGACAAAGGUAAAGGCAGAGCCAAAGAACCCAUGAUCGACCUCACGACAUCUGAACCUAGGUUCACACCAUCGCCUUCGCCCCCGAUGUAUCAACGUCCAUCGAUCUCGUCUUCAUCUUUGAUACCAGAUUUCUCCGACGAGAGCCAGAACAUGAUGCAGCCUGAGGAUAAUGAUACAUCGUGGUUAUCACAUAUCAUCAAUGAGGGCCCUGUCUUGGGGAACCGUGCGUGGACACCUGGUUUCACUAACAGAUCUUGGGCACCAGAGUACACAAAUGAGCCGCAAAACAGUACCGAUAUGCAGGGUGGAUUGUGGGAACAGGAGUUCGAUGACGAGGGGCAAAAUAUGAUGGGGGUUGGUACGUGGGCAGAAGAUAAUAACAAUCAGGCAUCAAACACGAUACGUGGUGGAUCAUGGGCACAAGAUUUCAACAAUCAAACACAGGACACGAUGGGAGGUGCAUCAUGGACACCAGAUGUCACUAACGAGAGGCAAGAAAGGUUUAUAGACCCUAGGUCUCUGUUGGUCCAGCAGCCAGGGAGUGGACAGUAUGAGGACUUCGUGUUUCCGUCUGGGAGCGACGUUGACGAGCUCGAAGGAUUCGUGUUUUCGACUGGGGAGGAAGUUGAAGGGGAGGAGGGGGAGGACAUCGAAGUAGGCGUUGGCGCUGAGGGUACUGGUGAUGUGGCCUGGGAUGAAUGGACGAAUGAUGGGGACAAUGGGGAGACCGAGGGUUGA